UGCGCGUGCUUUCGGUUCGUGCGGCGGCGUGGGGCGCGCUCGGGGCGGCCUGCGGGGCUCUGCGGCGUCAUGGCGCCCGUGCUGAACCUCAACAACGAGGUUGUGAAGAUGAGAAAAGAUGUGAAGAAGGCCAGAGUCCUCAUUAUUCGCAGACUAACCAGACACAUCGGGAAAUUAAAAUCGAAAAAGGGUUCAGAAGACUUGAAAUUAAAGAACCAAAAACGAGUUGAGAGAUUAAUAGAAGAAAUCCAUGCCAUGAAGGAAAUAAAACCAGAUGAAGUUACCAGACUUGCUCUUAGGACAGAAGUUAAUUUUGAAAGUGUCUGCAAAAAGCCAAACUGUACUGCAGCUGAGCGAGCCAUGGCAAGACUUGCAACACACCCCACCUUGAAGCCCAGAUUUGUUGAACUUAAAGCUGCUGUUAAAGCUUUUAAGGAUGCAAGGAAGAACCCAGAAAAAGCCACUCCUGUAAAAAAGGAUCAGUCAGAAGAAAAGCCUAAAUCGGCACAACAUUCCAAUAACAACUUGGAUGACCAAGCUUGUAAGCGGCCUCAAAAACAGCAAGGAUGUGAACACAAAACAAAACCAGGCAUGAAAGUAGAAACUGACAAAGUGGUUGAAGAGCUCUGUGAGAGUGAAUCUGAGCAGAAAACUGUGGAAAUGGAGAGAGUGUAUGCUCCAGAAGAACCUUCAUUUCAGGCAGUAGAAAUGCAAACAGUUACUCAAAACAAAACAGGAAAGAAACUUGACUAUCAAAAAAGGAAAGAAAAUAUGAGUAUGAACAAAUUAAAUGUGAUAAAAGAAAGAAUUGAUGAUAGUGACCAAGAGCAUCCCAAUGAGAAGGAAUACUUUGAUGAUAGUACUGAAGAGCGGUUUUAUAAUGAGUCAUCAGAUUCUGACAGUGACAGCAAUGAUGAUUUCUUCAUUGGAAAAGUAAAAAAGAAGAAAAAAGUAGCAGCAGUUAAUUUUUCUUCAACAAAAGAAAAGGGUAGUGUUCAGAAAAAUGUAAUGAAAACAGAGAAGAGUACAGAGACAGGGACAGGGCAGGAUUUGAUCAUGGAAGAGGGAAAGUCACUUGCAAAAGCAAGCAAGCUGGAGUCAGUGUUCUGCAGUUCUUUAUCUACUACCAAUCAGAAAUCUCAGAACAGAAGAAAUACUAAACACCAGCCUCUCAAAAAGGAAAGAACAGGUUUUCUUAAAAAUGAAACAAAGCUCAAGAAGAAACCAUUUGCAAAAGCUUCAGGGGAUAUUAAAUGCAACAAUAAGAAAGCAUCUUUGGAGCAGCCUCUUCAUCCUUCUUGGGAAGCAAGCAGGAGGCGCAGAGAGCAAAUGUCUCAAAUUACAGCAUUCCAGGGGAAAAAGAUUAAAUUUGAUGACUAGACUAUACAUAAAUGGGGUUCUAAGAAAAAUUUUUUUGCAGCUACUGUUUGAACAUCUUUGUUGUACUGUCCUUUGCAACCUACAAAAUUGCAACUAUUAUUUACCAUCGAAGAAUACCGAGAUUGUUGCAUUCAUUCUCCUGUCUGGUGAUUAAUGUAAUGGCCAUUUGGUUCGUAAGUCCCAUUAUGCAGUACCACCAUUCAUGAAAUAUACCCUGACGUGAAUAAAGGGUUUUUAGGAGCAUAAUUUGUGCCCUAUAGGAAUAGUACACAUUCUCUGGAGAGGAGUUUGGAAGGGUUUGUGGGUUUUGGUUUUUUUUAUAUGUAAAAAAUUGUGCUUUAUAUGAGAAUUUGGUUGUCAGAAGAAAGGUUCUGUAUUGUCAUAUCUCAACUGAGACAAAGUAAAAGAUUCUUAAACUUGAAGAGACUUUAUAAAUUCAUCAGUGUAUCAGGUGGCUGGAAAAGUCAAUCCAUUUUAAGCAUAAUAUGAAAAUUUCUGGAGAGAAUAAAAUAUUGUACUUUUAAAUUGUGA